UCGAAUGGAUGGGCGAUGAGUGAUGAGGAGCUAAAUGUUUGUAAGGUCUUGAAGAUGACGCCAAGUGUUGCAAUUUUCGAUGGAACUAAGGCCGACAGUUCGUUGUUGUUGAGACUGGCUUUGGUAUACAUUUCGUUGGGUGUUGUUGCUUCUCAAUUGCCUGCUAACAAUCCCAUCACCGAGCCUUGGAUUUGGCCUAUACCCCAAGAAUGGCAACGUGGAAAUACAACAGUCAGACUGUCGAAUAACCUGAACUUCAGCUACACUGGUCAAAGUGAAAUACUACAAACUGCAAUCGAUCGCUACAGACAUCUCAUAUACUUGAAGGAUGACUAUCCGAUGAUUCCGUACAAUUGGUCUACAACCGGUAGCGAAGUGGUAUCUACUCUAGAAACGAUUGAAGUUCAUAUACGUGAUUGGUCGGAAGAACUCGACAUGGAUACGGACGAAAGUUAUACGUUAACCAUUCCUGUUGCCUCUAAUACCAUCAUCAAUGCGACUACGGUUUUCGGUGCACUACGAGCUUUUGAAACCAUUUCCCAAAUGGUACAAUGGUCAGCGGUUCACAAUUCGUUUUUGGUUCCGAAUGCGCCAUGGAGAAUUACGGAUUUUCCAAAAUAUAAGCACAGAGGCCUGUUGUUGGAUACUUCUCGUCACUACUACCAACCGAGGGAUAUGUUUAAAGUCAUUGAUACGAUGUCCUGGAACAAAAUGAACGUUUUCCAUUGGCAUAUGCUUGAUUCUACGGCAUUUCCUUAUGCAUCAAGGGCCUACCCUGAACUGGCUGAAAAAGGUUCCUACAGUCCUGCCCACCAAUACGACGAAAAAUUCAUAAGGGACUUUGUCAAGUAUGCAAAAGAUCGUGGUGUUCGAGUCAUGCCAGAAAUAGAGGCUCCAGGUCAUAGUACUAGUUGGGCAUAUGGCAUUCCCGAAAUCGGUAGUUGCGUUAACAUUCAGCCUUACACUGGCUUUACAAUUCAGCCUCCUUCUGGCCAGCUCAACAUUGCUAGUAAUAAGACUAGGGAGGUUGUUCAUACAAUAAUCGAUGAGUUCGCUGAGCUAUUCCCCGAUUCAUGGUUCCAUGCUUCUGGUGAUGAGGUCAUCAUGGAAUGUUGGACAAAUGACAGUCGAAUCGCUUCUCAUCUUAGAGAUCGUAAUAUCACAAUCCUUGAACUGUUCGAAGAGUUUGUGUCUGACAUGCAAUCACACAUUUAUUCUCACAAUAAAACGGUGAUGGUGUGGCAGGAAAUGCUGUUAGAAUACAAUUUUACGCUUCCCGCUGACACUGUCAUCCAGGUUUGGGUUGGUUCUGAAGGUGUUAAAGAAUCCACCAGAAGAGGAUAUAAAACUGUUGUGUCUAGCUCUGACUAUUGGUACCUGGAUGUUGGCUAUGGGAAACCCCGAAGCAAUCCAUUUCCUCAUGUUGCGGGAGCCGGAUAUAACCAUUGGAAUAGGGUUUAUUCGUACGACAUGAGAACCAACCUAACUGAAGCAGAAGCAAACUUACUCGUCGGAGGAGAGGUUGCAAUGUGGGGAGAACUGGCUGACGAAACGAAUUUCGAAGCCAAGAUAUGGCCUAGGGCGUCCGCCUUUGCUGAAAGACUUUGGUCUGGUUACGAAAAUCCAGCCGGCGAGAAAAUUGAAAGUGCUGAUGCCAUUCUUCGUCUUUUACCCUGGCGAGAGCGUAUGGUAUUGCGUGGCACGAUGGCAUCACCACUGAAUCAAGGUUUUUGUACGCGUAAUCCUUUGGACUGUUUCCAACCGGACGACGUUUGAAGGAAUAGUCUCGUUUUUUGUUUGGAAAAGUUUUAUUUAGAUUUACACGUCUACCUUGAGCUACGAAAUGAAAAACUUGGCGGCAUGUAUAAUAUAGAGAAGCGAACCUAAAUAAAAAUAUGCAAAAUUGUAACCUGAUAGUUGCACAACGAUUGUACUUCAUUUGAACGAUCUUAGACUCGUCAGGUUGGGAUGGUCCGUUUCCAGAUCAUGAAACAGAGACCAUUUGAUCAUUGCAUACAACUUCAUGUUGCAGACUAAAACUUAUGGAAGCAGCUAAUCUCGCCCUAAUGGUCCACACGAUCACAAAAAAAUACUUCCACAUCUUCAUCACAUAUCACUGUCGAAAACAGACCUUUAGUUUCGUCCGCUCCUAUUGGCAAAACGUAAGACAGAUAUCAGCUUUAAUACCUUGAACCAGUC